AUGUGGGUGUUUUAUUUGAUCUCGCUGCCAUUAACCCUAGGCAUGGUGCUCUUGACUUUGAAAUACUUCUCCGGCCCGGACGUGCCGCGUUACGUAUUGUUCACGGUGGGGUACACUUGGUUCUGCUCGAUUUCGAUCAUCAUUCUUGUUCCCGCCGACAUUUGGACGACUAUAGUUGGUCACGGUAAUGGAGGAAUCUCUUUCUUUUGGAGUUGGUCAUACUGGAGCACCUUUCUGCUCACAUGGCUUGCUGCGCCCCUCAUUCAGGGUUAUGAAGACGCUGGGGAUUUUACUAUGAUAGAUAGAUUGAAGACUAGCAUUCAUGUAAACUUAGUCUUCUAUUUAAUUGUGGGGUCCAUUGGUCUUUUUGGACUUAUUCUCAUCAUUACUACGCACAAAAAUUGGAUUGGGAGUAGAGGCAUAUUGGGGUGGGCAAUGGCUUGCUCAAAUACAUUUGGACUUGUGACUGGUGCAUUUCUUCUUGGUUUUGGUUUGAGUGAGAUCCCUAAAGGUAUUUGGAGAAAUGCUGACUGGACAAUUCGACAUAAAGUUCUUUCCCACAAGAUAGCCAAAGUGGCUUUGAAACUUGAUGAUGCUCACAAAGAAUUGUCAAAUGCCAUUGUGGUUGCCCAAGCUACAUCAAAACAGAUGACCAAACGAGAUCCACUAAGGCCACACAUGGAUGUCAUUGACAACAUGUUAGUGCAAAUGUUGAAAGAAGAUCCUUCCUUCAAGCCACAAGGGGGGCGGUUGGGAGAAAAUGACAUGGACUAUGAUACAGAUGAGAAAUCGAUGGCAACACUAAGGCGUCACCUUCGGGGAGCUCGUGAGGAGUAUUAUCGAUGCAAAAGCGAGUACCUGAUUUAUGUCAAAGAGGCUCUUGAAUUAGAAGACACAAUAAAGAAUUAUGAAAGACGCAGUAUGACUGGAUGGAGGUUUAUCUCAAGCUUCCGACCUGAACGCACUGGUAAAUUUGGGCAGUUCCUUGACAUGGCAGAAUUAGUAUGGCGUUGUAUCUUGCAAAAGCAAUUGGAAAAAAUCUUGGCUGUCAUUCUUGGUUGCAUGUCAGUUGCAAUUCUCCUGGCUGAGGCUACUUUGCUGACCAAUGGGGUUGAUUUAUCUUUAUUUUCUAUCCUCAUAAAAUCUGUAGGACCUGAAGAGGUUCUGGUGCAGGUCAUUGCAUUUGUUCCUCUGAUGUUCAUGUGUGUUUGCACAUAUUACUCACUCUUCAAAGUUGGAAGGAUGAUGUUUUAUUCAUUGACACCAAAACAGACAAGCGCCGUCAGCUUGCUUAUGAUAUGCUCGAUGGUUGCUCGUUAUGCUCCUCCAAUUUCAUAUAAUUUUCUGAAUCUCAUUAGUCUUGGUGAUGGCAAGAAGACUAUUUUUGAGCAGCGCAUGGGAAACAUUGAUAAAGCUGUACCUUUCUUUGGGGACGGGUUUAACAGCAUUUAUCCCCUUAUCAUGGUCAUAUAUACCAUCUUGGUGGCAAGCAAUUUCUUUGAUAGGAUCAUCAGCUUUUUUGGCAAUUGGAAGAUUUUUAAGACUGAAUCAGAUGACAUGGAUGGGUUCGAUCCAUCUGGAUUGCUUAUACUGCAGAAAGAAAGGAUGUGGUUGGAACAAGGACACAAAGUUGGUGAGCAUGUUAUUCCAUUGGCUCGAAACUUCAAUGAUGUGAGCUUGGAUCUAGAGUCGGGUGUUAAUAGCAACGACACUAGAAUCCAGACGAAGAUGAAGGAGGACAUAAAGGGAAGCUCGUCAAGAUAUUCUGGGAGCAAAGAAGCCAUAAGCAACAAAUACACCGCCAUAAGAGAACAAAACAAGUCUUCACCACAUAACAACAACACAAAACUGACCGACAACAUCUCCUCUGCCAAAGUCUCGCUGCUCAAAAGCGGCGAACCCUCAAAAAGCCCCAGCAACAGCAGUAGCAGUAGCAGUGGGGCCCACUCGGCCAUGGCCUCGAAAUGGGCCUCUAUGAAGCAGGGUUUUCAAUCUUUAAAAGCAAACAUCGAGGCCAAGAGAUUUUUACCCCUUCACCAAGUUCAAGAAACACAAAUGCUGUCCCGCGUGUCGUCCUCCGAGUCGUUGGACGAGAUAUUUCAGAGACUGAAACGCCCCUCGCACGAUCGUGGCCGUUAUAGUGAUGGCGAAGAUGACGAUGAUGAUUUUGAAAUUAAAGCUCCGGGUGAGAGAAGGUAA